AUAAAUAAAUACAGUAUGGGUUAUUACCGCCAUGUCGGUUUAGCAAAAAUACGUGUUUGUACUGGAUAAAAGUCUCCUUAAAAUAUAAAAGGACAUCCAGCUGAUCCUCACAAAUGAGAAAAAAUUGACAUGAAGCACGCAGAGGAAGAGUGUGUACAAAAACUGACGGUGAAAAGACUCUUUCUCACCCGUGGAAAGCUGAAAGCAUCAAGUCGCACAUCGGCUUUGAUGUCUGGUUUUGCAAUGGUAGCCAUGGUGGAAAUUCAGUUAGAACCAGGUGUGCCGGAAGGGCUUUUGAUAGCAUUCAGUGUGAUGACUACCAUUCUGAUCUCAGUUCAUGUCUUUGCACUUAUGAUAUCUGUCUGUAUUCUGCCAAAUAUUGAUGGUGUGGCAAAUAUUCACCAACAAGGAACCCAAAUUGUACAAGAUUCUCCUCACGAAAAACUUCACAUGCACAUUGAAAUAGCAUGGAUUUUCUCAACUGGCCUUGGGACGCUUCUUUUUUUAGCAGAGAUUGCAAUACUCUGUUGGGUGAAGUUUUACAAUUACAGUAAGCCUGCGGCAGUGGCUGCUUCUGUGGUAUUAGUUCCUGUAUGCAUUGUGUUUGUAUGGUUUGCCUUGCAUUUUUACCGAUCUCUUGUCCAACACAAGUAUGAAAGGUCUUUCCAGGGAAUUGAAGAACUGCAACAGAUUGCAAACCAACUGCACACAGAUACAGGAACAGCACCAAGCUCACCAGCAGCCAGUCCAUGUCCUAAUCACAGGGUCUGAGAUAGUUUGUACACCACUUUUUGUUGGCAUGCUCCUUGUUAUGGCUGUGCCUCCCAAAAUCAGUCUGACUUGCAAUCCUCCUUUUUCACUGCUUCUCAAUUCCUUAUAAUUUCUUAGAGAAAUUGAAUUCCAAGAUAACACCCUCUAGCUUACAUGUUUGUGUUUUCUCAUAACCUUUUUCUGAAUAAUCUUUUGGAACUGUAAAGGAAAGAGACAUGAUUAUCACUUUUGGAAGGAUAAGUUACAAAUUGCUCUAAAACAGUAAAUUAUGAAACUCCUGACCAAGAAGUGAUAAACAUUUACUCUCCCUAUAAUAUCCAUAUAUUGUUUGGCAAACAAGCAAUGAGAAUAUUCAAAUUUAUCAGCAAGAAGUUAUC